AUGGCUGCUCAGCUCUUCAACAGAAUCGGUCAAAUGGGCCUGGGUGUGGCGCUGGUUGGAGGUGUCGUGAAUUCUGCACUUUACAAUGUUGAUGGUGGUCACAGGGCCGUGAUCUUCGACAGGUUUGCUGGUGUCAAAAAUUUGGUGGUUGGUGAGGGUACUCACUUCUUUGUUCCGUGGGUACAGAGACCUAUCAUCUUCGACAUUCGAUCACGCCCUAGAAACGUUCCUACUGUCACUGGAAGUAAAGAUCUCCAAAAUGUGAAUAUCACACUCCGUAUCCUGUUCAGACCAAUUCCUGACCAGCUACCCAAAAUUUACACUAUUCUCGGUGUAGACUAUGAUGAGAGAGUGCUGCCAUCUAUUACUUCUGAAGUUUUGAAGGCUGUUGUCGCACAGUUUGAUGCUGGAGAGCUCAUCACACAGAGAGAGGUUGUAUCACAAAAAGUGAACGAGAGUUUGACUGAAAGAGCAGCACAGUUCGGCCUCAUCUUAGACGACAUUUCAAUUACACACUUGACAUUCGGCAAGGAGUUCACACAAGCCGUCGAGUUGAAACAGGUCGCACAACAAGAGGCCGAGAAGGCGAGAUUCCUCGUAGAAAAGGCUGAACAACAGAAAAAAGCUGCUGUCAUUGCCGCUGAAGGUGACGCCCAAGCUGCCGUUCUCCUCGCCAAAUCCUUCGGCUCAGCUGGUGAAGGUUUAGUCGAACUCCGUCGUAUUGAAGCCGCUGAAGAUAUCGCCUACCAACUAUCUAAAUCCCGCAACGUUACUUACCUACCACAGGGCCAGAAUGUUCUUUUAAAUCUUCCCACACAGAACUAA